AUCGCAGAGUCGUGGAUGUGCGCAGGCGCAUUGUGCGAUGGCGACAAGAUGGCUCCUGCUGGCGGCUUUUGUGUGGUGCUCAAAUGUAAUCGCGGCCGCAGGCGGCGGCGGGACAGAUUGGCAGAAAUACAAGGACAUGAUAUCAGCUGCUUUGGAAUUUUACCAGUCUUGUAGCCCGCAUAACUGUAGCUGUCACCGAAGUGUUCUAGAGGAUGACCUUUCACCUUUUCAGCAAGGAAUCUCGGAAGAAACGAUGGCAGCGACUGUCCGUCAGGACGUGGGGAGCCACUACCAGAUUAUUAAGGGCAAGCUCUAUCGACAAGACAACUGCAUGUUUCCUGCCAGGUGCAGUGGGGUAGAGCAUUUUAUACUGGAAAUAAUCGAUGAGCUCCCUGACAUGGAAUUUGUCCUCAAUGUUCGAGACUACCCUCAGAUUCCAAAGUGGAUACAAUCAAUUAAGCCCGUUUUAUCGUUCAGCAAGACAGCAGAAUACUAUGAUAUCAUGUACCCAGCAUGGACCUUCUGGGAGGGAGGUCCAGCAGUUUGGCCAAUUUAUCCCACAGGACUCGGACGUUGGGACCUCAUGAGGGAGGAGCUGAAAACAUCAGCUGAAGAAUGGCCAUGGGAGAAGAAAAUCUCAAAAGGUUUCUUUAGAGGAUCAAGGACGAGCUCAGAGCGGGAUCCUCUUGUUCUGCUGUCUCGUGAGGACCCAUCACUGGUAGAUGCAGCGUACACUAAAAACCAGGCCUGGAAGUCUGAGAAGGACACACUGGGGAGACCUCCUGCUAAAGAAAUUCCAUUGGUGGAACACUGCAAAUACAAAUAUUUGUUUAACUUCCGGGGAGUUGCAGCCAGUUUCCGAUUCAAGCACCUCUUUCUGUGUGGAUCGUUGGUUUUCCAUGUUGGGAAUGAGUGGCUGGAAUUCUUUUACCCUCAGCUGAAACCAUGGGUGCAUUAUAUUCCUGUCAGUCAAGACCUCUCUGACGUACGGGACCUCUUGCAGUUUGUUAAGGAAAAUGAUCAGAUUGCCCGAGACAUCGCAGAAAGGGGCCGCAGGUUCAUCCAGGAUCACCUCAAGAUGAAGGACGUUUCCUGUUACUGGAAGCAGCUGCUAGUGGAGUAUUCCAAGCUGCUCCUUUACAAACCCAGGAGACACAGGAGCUACUCCCAGAUCCUCAGCAAGGACAGGCACAGUGAACUGUAGCUUCCGAAACUACCUGAACCUUCCAGGUCCCUCUCUACAACACCUAACACAUUCCAUGCCAAACUUUCAGCGUGGGUAGCAAGCUUCUUGACCUCUGGGUUUUCUAAAAGGGUUUGACUAGUAUUUGUAUUUGCCUGUGCCCAGGACAUCGGAGAUAUACUCCCUCCACUGUUGAUGUGGCCUUCACCUGCAUCUCCCAUACACCCACACCCACUGCAUCUUCCUUAAUAGUGAUAUUUCCUCUUGUCCUUACCUAUCACCCUCCACAUCCAACACGUUAUACAUCGCAACCUUUUAUCUCUAAAGAGAUCCUGCCACUAACAUAUCUUUACCUCCCCCACUCUGCUUCCCGCUGUGAUUCCCUUGUCCGUUGUCCCUCCCAGCAUUUAUCCCUGCAAGCAGCCUAAGUAUCCAUUCCCCUCCUCCCUCACCUCCAUUCAGGGCCCCAGGCAGUCCUUCCAGGUGAGGCAACACUCUACCUGGGGUCGUCUAUUGUGUCUGGUGCUCCCAGUGCAGCCUCCUCUACAUUGGUGAGACCCGUCAUAAAUGGGGGACCAUUUUGUUGAGUACCGUGCACCAUCUGCCAUGGGGGACUUCCCAGCGCCCAAACACUUCAGUUCCCAAUCCUUUCUGAUGUCAGUCUGUGGCCUCCUUUUGUGCCAAGAUGUGGCCACUCUCAGGGUGGAGGAUAUUCUAUCUGGGUAUCCUCCAAUUUGAAUAGGAUGAAUAUCGAUUCCCCCCCCCCCCACCAGUAAACAAAUCCCCUCCCCACCCUCAUCUGUUACCCACACCGACCUUUCACUUCUUCUCACCUGCCUAUUACAUCCCCUGGUACCCUUUCUCUUUCUCCUAUGGUCCACUGUCCUCUUUUAUCUGAUUCCUUCCUCUCCAGCCCUUUAUAUUUCCUACGCACCUGGAUUCACCUAUUACUUUCCAGCUAUCCUUUCCUUCCCCUAUCCUUUUUCUCUGGUGUCUUCUCCUUUCUAGUCCUGAAGAAGGGUCUUGGCCUAAAAUAGAGACCGUUGGUUCAUUUCAUUGACACUCCCUGGCCUGCUGAGUUUUUCCAGCAUUUUGUGUGUAUUGCUUUGGAUUUCCAGCAUCUGCAGACCUUCUUGUGUUUAUGAUUUGUACUCCCCUUCUCCUCUCCUGCCUGCCCAUCAGCUCACUGGUUCCCCUCCUCCCAUGGUCCACUCUCUUCUCCUUUUAGAUUUCUUCUUCAGCCAUUUAUCCCAUCCACCUCCCACCUCCCAGCUUGUACUUCUUCCCCUCCUCCUACCACCUUAUUAUUCUGCUUUCUUUCCCCUUCCUUUCCAGUACUGAUGACUAGCAUCAGCUGUCUAUUCCUCUCCAUAGAUGCUGCCUGACUUGCUGGGUUCCUCCAGUACUUGGUGUGUGUUACUCUAGAUUUCCAGCAUCUGCAGAAUCUCUUGUGUUUAUUAGUACUUUUAACUAUCACAUGUUAUUGAGGCUCACAGCCAGUCAGAACACCCCUCCACAUUUUGAUAACUGUUCGUUGAUGUAAUUGUAAGGGAGAUUGUGCUGCCUGGAAGGCUCGUUAGCUUUUUGGACAAGAUGAACUGUAACCACCCAUUUAUUCCCCUGGACUCCCCUCAUGAAAAUGGAGGAAAUUUCUGUGCAUCUUCUGCUUAUUGUUUUGCCCUAAUCUUUGGAGUGACGUUCCCACGUAUUUUACCUCGUACAUCAGUAUUAAUAAACCUAAUUCUGAUCCAGGAGCCAUUGUGCUCCCCUCAUUAUUCCACAGAAACUUUCCCAAACUGUAUUCCUAUCCUAUUCCCAUCCAGUGAGUUGAUGAUUUCAUCCCUGGAGCCCACUUGAUGGGGGGAGGGAUCAGUCAUACACUCUGCCUGCCCACCUCCAGAAACAUGGACCCAAGGGUGGCAGAACUCCCACACAGCUCCUCCCAUCCACUUCUGAAGGUCAGGAGAAAGCUAGUUACUACGAAGGAACUUUCUAGUCGUGCAGCUUCCGUGCAUCGGCCACACGGGCAAGCAAGAAAGACAAAAUGAUGGAUUUGAUUAGUUUAAUAAAUGGAUUUUUCUAGA